UUGAAGCAGCCUCUCAAAUUCAAAUGACCACGAAGUAUCCAAGAAAUGUUAUUGUUAGAACUCUACUUAUUCUUGCAGUUAAAAUUAGGAAAAAUUUAGACAACGAUGUCAUCAAAUAUUUGACGAACUUGAUUAAUGCUCUAACCGAUACACCUUCACGUUAUACAUCAUUUCAUCACUAUAAGCAAAUUAUUGAUUCAUAUUCUUUCCCAUUUCAAGUGCAUCAUUUAUGUUCUGCUUGUAAAUCAUACAUAGGGUUUGAGAUAAAUCCUAUAGAAGAUAAUUCAACUUUACAUUGCAACAAGUGCGGAAUUGAUGUAGUAUUGAAAGAAAAUAAACAAUCUGGAAAUGUAUUUUUUUAUAUGUCUUUAGCUCAGCAACUUAUUGAAUUUUGUAUUCAACACCAUGAGAAGUUGUUACAUUCAAUUAAUCGUCAAAAGAAGUGUUCUUAUGCCUUUGAAGACAUAAUGGAUGGAAAUUUGUAUAAACGUCACAUGUCAAGUGAAGACUUGUUAUCGUUGAACUUCAGCGUAGAUGGAACGCCGUUGUUCAAGAGCUCGCAAACCUCAAUUACUCCAAUUUUAUGUACAAUUAACGAACUUGAUCCUAGCUUGAGAAAGCUACAUAUAAUGCUAGUGAGUAUUUAUUUGGAUACAGGAAAACCAGUGAUGAACGAAUAUUUAAAGCCGUUUGUCGAAGAAGCUAAGGUAUUAGCAAAUCAAGGAAUAUCUUAUACAUACAAUGGAAUGAAAUAUCACAAAAAAUUUAAAAUUCUGAACGGUGUAUGUGAUUCAGUAGAGCGUCCUAAUUUAAGAUGCUCAAAAUCAUUUCGAGGAGCUUACGGUUGCGGAUUGUGCAAGCAUCCCGGAGAGGAGACUGCUAAAGGUGAUGGACAUGUUCGAGUUUUUCCAAUUGACGAAGAGGGCAAUGCAUUUGGAGAAGGGCUGCGGUCUCACCAAGAAACCUUAGAGCAUGCAGAGACAUCAGAAAAAGGAAUAAAACAACGGUCAACAUUAAUUGAUAUACCAGAUUUCGAUAUCAUAAAAAAUUUAGAUGUUGAUUGGAUGCAUUGCAUUCCACUUGGUGUUUGUCGUCAAUUUUUAAAGCUGUGGUUUAAUUCGGAAUACCAUGAUAAACCGUUUUAUCUUGGUAGUAAAAUUAAAGAUAUUGAUGCAUUUAUUAUGUCAAUCAAACCAUCAUUAGAUGUUUCCAGAACACCGAGAAAAAUUUCAGACAGAGCACAUUUAAAAGCUCAUGAGUUAGUUGUAUGGCUCCUCUUCUACAGCUUACCAAGUUUGAAACCAUAUUUACCACAUAAAUAUUUAUUGCACUGGAGCUUAUUAGUGGAAGCAGCUUCGAUACUUCUUAAGACAUGCGUCCUAGAAGCUGAACUACAAGAGAUACAUGGUCAAGAUUUAACUUACCGGCAGCGCAAGUUGCUAGAAGAAUUAACUCAUAAAAAA